GACUUUGAAUUCUUUUGCUCACAAACACACACACGCCAGUCUUUAGAAAAUUUGUCGAUCAAUCAAUCAAUUUGAUUCUGGAACGUAAACAACACAAUAAUCGAUAACAAUGAAUACAAAUGGUGAUGAACGUUUAGCAAAAUUGAUGCAUGAACGUCGUACUGAUCCUGAACGUUUUUUGUUUCAAUGUGAUAAAUGUUAUGGACGUUUUGAAACACGUAAAUCAUUGCAACAACAUCAAGAUCGUAAAUUAUUUAAAUGUCCAUUUAAAGAUUGUUGUCGAAAAUUCACACAUCGUUGGGAAUUGGUUACACAUCAAAAACAAUGUCCAGGACGUGUUCUACAGGGUGAUUUUGAUAAUUAUAAAAUCUAUCAAAUGAUCAACAUUCGUCAUACGGAAAAGCCGAGAAAAUUUAAUCUACUCGAUCUAUGGGUCAAAUAUCCAUAUUGGUUUUGAUCUGUACAUGACUAUAGUAAUAAUUGCUGAUGAUUUGAUGGUGGUGGAUACUCUCAAAUAAAAUUCUGAUUUAUCAUUGUUG